ACCUGCCAUCAGAACGUACCCAGCUCAAACCUUACCCCAGAAAUCAUCGCUCCGACCACCAUGUCCAACUCCAAUCCCAUCCACAUUGGCAUCAUUGGCCUUUCUAAUGGAAUAUAUAUGGGCGGCUCAUGGGCCGGCGCCGCCCACCACCCUUACCUCACCACCUCGCCCUACUACAAAAUCACGGCCCUUCAGAACAGCUCCAUCGAGUCCGCCAAAGCCGCGGCGUCCACCUUCGGCCUCAACGACGUCGCAUGUUAUGGCGACCCCGAGUCUAUCGCUAAAGAUCCAGACGUCGAUUUAGUCGCCGUUUCCGUCAAAGUCCCAGAGCACUACAAGCUCAUUGAGCCGGCCCUCUGCGCUGGGAAGGACGUAUUCAGCGAAUGGCCGCUAGCCGCCAAUCUCGCCGACGCGGAGGCGUUGACGAAACUCGCGGCGGAGAUGAAGGUGAAGACGAUGGUCGGGCUGCAAGGGCGGCAGUCGCCAGCGGUGCGCAAGGCGAAGGAAAUGAUUGCGGCAGGGGAGCUGGGCGAUAUCCUCGGGAGUUCCAUGUCGGGAACGUGGAUGGUGCAAGGCGACAUGAUUCCGGAUUUCUUUGAGUACGGAUUGGAUAUCAACGCCGGGGUGAAUAUGUUGACUGUUUUGGUUGGCCAUGCAAUCGAUUCGUUUUGCUAUGUCUUAGGCGAGUUCGAGGCGGUGCAAGCCGCGCUCAUCAACAAUCGGCCGCAGAUGAGGUUGGUCGACGGGGAGGGAAAGGUGAUCAAGACGGUUGAGAAGACGAUCCAUGAUCGGAUAUCCGUGGUGGGGAAAUUGAAGAACGGGGGCGUGGGUACAGUGGUGUAUCAGACCGAGAAGUCGAAUACUGGUAAGCCGUUCUACUGGGAAAUUAAUGGCACAAAGGGAAGUUUGGUGUUGGAGUGCCAGGAUGGAAGCAUUCAGAUGAUACCGCCUACUCUGAAGUUUGCGUCUCGAGAGCCGGACGCGGAGUUGAAAAAUGUCGAGCUCGAGGACGGGAGCGCAAUCUCCUACAACGUGGGUAGGCAGUACGAUGCGUUUGCUGGCAAGGAGAAUGGCUCUUUCGCGACGUUCGAGGAUGCUCUGAUCAGACAUCGCAUGAUCGAUGCCAUUUAUAAAAGCGACAAGAACGGCACGAGAGAGUCCUACGUUUGAUCAGAGAUCUCGACAAGAUGUCUAGCAUACAUGUAGCUACUUAUUUCGUCAGAUACGUGUAGCUUUCAAUAUG